CUUGUUUUCAGGGGCGGGGCGGGGCCUGGCCUGCGGAAUUGCCUUGUGCCGGGUUCUCUAGUGUGCCCCGACAUGCUGCGGGCGCGCGGGCCUGGGCCGGGUUCUCUGCUGCUCCGGGAGGCGCUGGCUCUCGGGCGGCGCGGGCGAGCGUGGCAGCGGCCGCAAGGCCAGGACACCGGCGUGCAGGUGCACAACAGCCUCACGGGCAAGAAGGAGCCGCUGAUCGUGGCCCGCACGGACGCCGUCUCCUGGUAUAGCUGUGGACCGACUGUGUACGACCAUGCACACCUUGGCCAUGCUUGCUCAUACGUCAGAUUUGACAUUAUCCGAAGGAUCCUGACCAAGGUGUUUGGGUGCAAUGUGAUCAUGGCAAUGAGCAUCACUGAUGUGGAUGAUAAAAUAAUCAGGAGAGCUAACGAGAUGAAUGUUUCGCCCGCUUCUCUUGCCAGUCUCUUUGAAGAAGAAUUUAAACAGGACAUGGCAGCCCUGAAGGUUCUGCCGCCAACGGUGUACUUGAGAGUCACUGAGAACAUCCCUCAGAUCAUCGCUUUCAUUGAAGGCAUCAUCGCUCACGGCCAUGCGUACUCGACAGCCUCAGGCAGCGUCUACUUCGAUCUGCAAGCACGAGGGGACAAGUACGGCAGGCUAGUCAACGUGGUUCCCAGCGCAGCCCCAGAGCCAGCAGUUGACUCUGACAAGCGGCAUGCCAGCGACUUUGCCCUGUGGAAGGCAGCCAAACCUCAGGAGGUGUUCUGGACCUCGCCAUGGGGAGACGGUCGGCCUGGUUGGCAUAUUGAGUGUUCCGCUAUGGCCAGCGAGGUGUUUGGGAGCCAACUGGACAUCCACACGGGCGGCAUAGACUUGGCUUUCCCACACCACGAGAACGAAAUAGCACAGAGCGAGGUCUUCCACCAGUGUCAGCAGUGGGGAAACUACUUCCUACAUUCUGGGCAUUUGCAUGUGAAAGGCAACGAAGAAAAAAUGUCCAAAUCCUUAAAAAACUACAUCACCAUUAAGGACUUCCUGCAGACCUUCUCCCCCGACGUCUUCCGGCUUUUCUGCAUGCGCACCAGCUAUAGGUCAGCCAUUGAAUACAGUGACAGUACCCUGCUGGAAGCCAAGCACACCCUGCUGGGGCUGACUUCUUUUGUAGAGGACGCACGAGCCUAUGUAAGAGGGCAGCUGACCUGUGGCCCUGUUGGUGAGGAUGUGCUGUGGGAGAGGCUGAGCAUCACCAAGAAGGCCGUGAAGGCUGCGCUAGCCAAUGACUUUGACACGCCGAGGGCAGUGAACGCCAUCCUGGACCUUGUGCACCAAGCCAACAGACAGCUUAGGGCAGUCUCGAAGGAAGCUGGCGGCCCAAGAAGUCCCACUGUGUUUGGCGCCAUCAUCUCCUACGUUGAGCAGUUUUUCGAGACCGUUGGGAUUUCUCUGGCAAAUCGACAGGAGGCUCAGUGUGUUUCAGGAGACAGCGGCACAGCAGCUCUGCACUGUGUGGUGGAUGAACUUGUGCGCUUCAGGCUGAAGGUCCGCCAGUACGCACUGGCCACACCCGGGGCGACUGGCGCAGCUCGGAGACAGCAGCUCCAGGAGAGGCAGCCCUUGUUAGAGGCAUGCGACGCCCUGCGCCAGGACCUCGCCACCCACGGCAUCAAUAUUAAGGACAGAGGCAGCACAACCUCCACUUGGGAACUGCUGGAUCCACGGACGACACACCAGAAACCUGAAAGUUGAGGAUGAGGCAGCUGCAGUCCCACGUGCUGCCAUGCCAUGGUGCCUGCUCUUGUGAUGAAAACUUUAUAUUAAAGUUGCAAUUGUGGCUGUUUAGCCAACAGUAAA